CCAUCCUCCUCCAUCCGCUAUGACGUUGCUGGUGAUCACCGCGGCCGCUGCCCUUCUGGUGGGCUCCUGCAAAGCUGGUGGAGCCUACUACAGUGCCCGGUCUCUAGGAGGGUUCUCCGGUGGACAAGUCGGUGGCUUCGGAGGUGGCUUGUCCUCCGGCGGUCUUGGAGGCUUCGGCGGUGGCUUGUCCUCCGGCGGUCUUGGGGGCUUCGGAGGUGGCUUGUCCUCCGGCGGUCAUGGGGGCUUCGGAGGUGGCUUGUCCUCCGGCGGUCUUGGGGGCUUCGGAGGUGGCUUGUCCUCCGGCGGCUUUGGCGGAGGAUUCUCCGGCUUGGGUCAUGGUAUCAAGGUUUCUCCCGGCAUCGGGGGACUCGUUAAGUCGUCUACCAGCCUUGGCUUGGGUCACGGAGGCUCCUUGGGAGGUAUUGGAGGUUACAGCUCCAUCGGUGGCCACGGAGGAUCCUUGGGAGGUAUUGGUGGUUCCUUGGGAGGAAUUGGUGGUUCUCUAGGUGGCCACGGAGGUUCCUUGGGAGGUAUUGGAGGUUCCAUCAAAGGCCACGGUGGUUCCUUGGGAGGAAUUGGCGGUUCCUUGGGAGGUAUUGGAGGUUCCAUCAAAGGUCACGGUGGUUCCUUGGGAGGAAUUGGUGGUUCCUUGGGAGGUAUUGGAGGUUCCAUCAAAGGCCACGGAGGUUCCUUGGGAGGAAUUGGCGGUUCUCUCGGUGGCCACGGAGGUUCCUUCGGUGGAAUUGGAGGUUCUCUUGGUGGCCAUGGAGGUUCCUUCGGAGGUAUUGGAGGUUCCAUCAAAAGCCACGGUGGUUCCUUUGGAGGCCACGGUGUGCGUGGUGGCCUCUAUGGUUGAGAAAAUAAUAAAUCUGAGAGGUAAUUACACAUAAGAAUCUGAUUGUGAAUAUUCUGAUUAGUCACCAAAAGUAUUAAUAAAACUUAAAAUAUUUUGCAAAA